AUGACUGUUGAACCUAAUCGGCAUCUGUACGAGAUCUGUCACAACGUCCCUAAAGUUGAGCUUCACUGCCAUCUCUUUGGCACAAUUAGGAAAAAUACUUUUUUGGAAUUCAACGAAAGAGCUGGAAAACCUUUCACGGAUAAGGAAAUCCUAGCAUUUUAUAUAAGAGGAGAGAAACCGGUUGGUGUUCUCCGGGCAUUUCGUACUCUUGAUUCCAGGCUAAUUAAGUAUGCCAGAGACUUGUACAGAUUGACGUUUGAAUACCUCGAAGAUGCCAAAUCUCACAACAUUCACUAUACUGAGUUCUCUUGGAACCCUACUGGUACGGUAAUAAGUUCCGGUAUACCCUUUAAGGAUGCUCAGAGGGCCAUUGCUGAUGCUAUAGAAGAAGCUCACAGUAAGCUCCGAAUAACGGGUAGAUUAAUCUGUGCCAUUGAUAGAGAAGAUUCUCCAGAGAGGGCAGUGCAGAUGGUUGAUUGGAUGAUAGCCAACCCAGAUCCUAUUCACACAAUUGGUAUUGGUAUCGAUUAUAGAGAAACCAACAGAGGUCCUCAGUUAUUCUUCGAUGCCUAUGCAAGAGCUAAAGAAUAUGGAUUCAAACUCACGGCCCAUGCGGGUGAAUUUGAAACUCCGUGGCAAAAUGUUCAGUAUGCAGUGAACUCAUUGCAAGUGGACCGGGUGGAUCAUGGGUACUCGAUGUUACAUAAUCCUGAAUUGGUGCAACAGAUUCUUAAAGAGCAGAAGGUCAUUACGGUGGUACCGACCAACUCUUACUAUUUGCGGACCCUUCCCCGAAGUCAAUGGGCUUCCAAGCAUCCGAUCAGACAAAUGAUCAAGUUGGGAUUGAAAAUCCAUCCCAACUCGGACGAUCCAACACUCCACGACUCCAAUUCUACCAAAGAUUGGAUGAUGAUGGUUGAAUGUUUUGGAGCUACCAUAGAAGAUUUAGAGCGAUUUUCUCUUAACGGAAUCGAUGGAUGCUGGGCUCCAGACGAGAGCAAAUUGCAAUGGAGGGAGGAUAUUAAGGAUUUUUUUAAGCACUACAAAUAG